AUGUCAAUUGUACAAAUAUCAAAUAGAACACAUCUAGAAAAAGUUGUCUCUUCAGAAGAUAAAAAUAAAUUAUUAGUUUUAUAUUUUUAUAGUAAUAAUAAUGAACAAAGUAAAACAAUUAAUGAAAAUAUUCGUCAAGGUAGUUUAAAAUAUACAAAAGAAACAAUAAAUUUUUUAUUUAUUGAUUCAUCAAUUAAUAAUGAAUUAAUUUCAUUAUUUAAAGUUCCAAUUACUCCUUAUUUAGUUAUUGUUAGAAAUGGUUAUAUAUUACGUACAAUGACAGGUACAGAAUUAGAAGAUUUUGUUAUGUCAUUAGAUGAAUGUUCUGAAACUAUAUUAACAAUUAAUGAUUCUACUUAUAAUCUUUCAAAUACCCAACAAACAGAUUCUCGUCAAAUAAAAUAUAGAAAUGAUAGUAUAUCAUCAAUUGAAACAGAUAGUACAAUAGGUUCAGAUACUUUAGAUGAAGAAAAUGAUCCAGAAUAUAAUUCUGACCUUAAUGAUAGUUUAUCAAAAUUAGUCCAAGCUGUUCCUGUAAUGAUCUUUAUUAAAGGUACUCCAUCAGAUCCACGUUGUAGAUAUUCAAGACAAUUAGUCUCAUUAUUAAGAGAUAAUAAAAUUAGAUUUGGAUUUUUCGAUGUUUUACAAAAUGAUAUGGUUAGAAAAGGAAUGAAAAAAUUCUCAGAUUGGCCAACUUUCCCACAAUUAUAUAUGAAUGGUGAAUUUGUUGGUGGAUUAGAUAUUAUAAAAGAAACUAUAAAAGAUGAACCAGAAUUUUUCAAUAAUUCUUUACUCUAA